UUUUUUUUCUUUUUUAUAUUUAUUUUAUUUAAAAUAUUUAUUUUAUUUUAACGGUCAUAAAAUAAUGCGGUUAACACAUUCGCGCGCAUUUUAUACCCGUGUGCGCUCUACCGUCAAAUUUUCAACUCACGAACGCCCAUUCGACUAUUCGCAGGCACAUAAUCCCGCAGACCAGUAGUAAGAGUCAGUGCGUCGUCAGACUCAGCAAUGACGACACCUUUUUUAAAUUUCGAUAAUUAAUUUUUAAUUAACGUUUUUUAUGUUUUUGUAACGAAGUUUAUUUUUUAAAUUAAAAAAAUUUUUAGUGAUAGAAAUUUAUAAAAAUUAGUGAUUUUUUAAUUUUUUUGUGGAAAAUUUUUUUGUGAAUUUUGAAAAUAAAAAAAAAUCAAAUUUUUUUUCAUUUCGAGUUGAAGAAAACAAAAGAUUUUCGUAAUUUGGAAUUAAUGGGAGUGGUUGCGGCCAAUUAAGAAGAAAUAAUAAUAAUAAUUGUAUUAGUGAGUGUUGAUGGUAGUGGUAAUGGUAGAAAAUUUGUUUGAUACUGGUGGUGGAGGUAAGAAGACUCGUAAGAAAAAAAAAAGAGUAAGCUUAAGCUCGAGCUUAAAAAUAAGCCGGAGCAUAAGCAGUAAAAGCUGAAAAAAAAUAAAAAAAAAGGUAUUUGAAGAAUGUUAGAGCAUCAGACACCAACUUUAUUACCACCAGCACUUAACAACAGCAGCUGUUGGCCUACUGACGGUAGUAAUAAUAAAUUUAUGAACUGGCCAACUCCUGGACCUGGACAAUUAUUACGCGCAGCGUUAAUUCUAUUCUUGAGUAUUGGAAUUUUAAUAGCCAAUUUACUUGUUAUUUGUGUUAUCAACAGUCGUCGUUACAGCAAAUAUAUUCAUGCGCAGCCAAAAUAUUUAUUGACCAGUUUAGCGAGCAACGAUCUGGCAAUCGGUGUUUUGGUGACGCCAUUUGGAUUUUUACCCGCCGUCUACGGAUGCUGGCCCUAUGGUGAAGUUGUUUGUCAAAUCCAGGCACUUUUACGGGGUGCACUUACUCAACAAAGUGCAGUAAUUCUUGUUUGUAUGGCGAUCGAUCGUUACGUUUGUAUGUUACAUCCUCAUCGUUAUCAUCGGCACUCUUCAAAAAAGUAUUACAUGCGGCAAGGAUGUAUGGCUGUAAUGUCAACGACCUGGAUCGCAAGCAUCGCAAUAUUUGGAAGUCUCGUAUUACCAAGCGGUGGUUAUUAUUUCAAUAGCUCAGGAUUACUUGCUUGUGAUCCAUUUUUUGCACGUUCAUCUUUCAGAAUACUCGCCUGUUGUUGUUUUUACUUCCCGACAACUAUGGUACUUAUGUAUUGCUACGGAUCAGCAUUUCAUGUUAAUAAAUUACGAUUAAAACGAGUCGUCUGUGUCAAUACUCCCGAAGUUGUAAGCGGCGGUAACAUAGAAAGGCUAGUGGCACACGAGCGAAGAUUGUCGACAUCAGCUUCCAGAACAAUGGCGGCAAUGAGUCUCGGUUUUAUUGUUAUGGUAACACCAUGGACUAUCCAGGAAGUUGUGGUUGCAUGUACCGGAAGUAAACCGCCGCCAUUUCUUGACUUCCUUGCCACGUGGCUUGCCCUGUCAAAUAGCUUUUGGAAUCCAUUUCUCUACUGGCUUCUCAACAAUCAUUUUCGUCGGAUUUCCCGCGAAAUCGUUAAUACCAAGAUUCUUUGCCGACCAAAACAAUUGGGUCCAAAAAAAAAUUGCUGUGCUACGAGUACUGGAGGACUCGACGUCUGUAGUAUUGGAGGUUUCGAUAUUUCAGGUAUCGAUCGAUGUUCGAUAGAUCAUUCUUCACUAGCACGAUGUUCAACGCCAUCAUUAGUGACUCCACCACUACCUUGGGAAUUAAAUUAUCAGAGCAUCGUCGGGGUUAAUGAAUUAUCAAUAACGUGAAAUAGGGAUGCCGCCACGCAAACCGAAGAAAUUUUAUCUUCCGACGACGACGCCAGUUAAUAUUUUUUUUUUUUAUUUUAUUUGCGUGGUGGCAUUUUUUAUAAUAAUAAUAAAUAAUAAUAAUAACAAUAAUAACAAUUAUAAGAAUAAUAAUAAUAAUAAUAAUAAUAAUAAUAAUAAUAAUAAUAAUAAUAAUAAUUAGAGACCUAAAGCAUUGGAUUUAAAAGUAGAACACAAGAAAAGUUAACAGUACGCAUUGUUAUUUGCGAAUUGCGUAAGAAUUUUUAUUGACGUGGGCGCCAUGGCCGUUCGGUUGGCAGUUUUCGGGAAAUAAAAAUCACCGCGUUGUUGUUAUUUUAUAUUUGAUUACCGAUUUAAGACUGAGUGAUUUUAUUUGUCCGACUAAUGCGCUGACUUCCGGGCGGUUAUGGACCUGAGGGCUGAAGAUGCCCGGGCUAAAAAAAUAUCCGACGCUCUCUUUAUGACUCAAUCCUCGUUUUAUUGAGAUAUUUAUUUUUUUUAUAUAUUUUUAUAUGUAUAAUUAUAUAUAUAUUUUAUUUUGAGCUUACAAGACUUUUUAAAAAUAUUUAAUUAAUUUUUUUGCCAUCUUGUGACGGAUAAUAAUUUUUAAAAAUUAAUUUGCGGGAGGUUGAGUUUUUUUUAAGUUUUUUUUUUAAAAUAAACGAUUGGUUGUUAAUUUACAAGUCAGCUAAGAUUUUUAAUAUAAAUAUUGGGACAUCUUUGGUAAUCGAUAUCUCGAAUUAUCCAAAAUCGAUGCUUUUAUUUCGUACGAUGUUUUUAUUGCGUCACUGAAGUUUUUAUUUAAAUAAAUUUAAUACUACCCUAACGGACCCAAAUUACGGUAAAUUACGGCAAACCCACCGUAAAUUACGGUAAUCCACCGUAAAAUACCGAUUUACCGUAAAUUACGGUGGAUUUACCGUAAUUUACGGUGGGUUUACCGUAAUUUACGGUGAUUUUACCGUAAUUUACGGUGGAUUUUCCGUAAUUUACGUUGAAUUUACUGUAAAAUACGGAAAUACGGUAAUCCACCGUAAAUUACGGUAAUUCGGUAAUCCACCCGAAUUUUUUACGGUAGAUUUAUCGUAUUCAACGGUAAAUUUACGGUAUAUCCACCGUAAUUUACGGUAAUCCACCGUAAAGUACCGAUUUACCGUAAAUUACGGUCGAUUUACGGUGGGUUUACCGUAAUUUACGGUGGAUUUUCCGUAAUUUACGGUAAAUCUACUAGAAUUUUACGGUAUUCUACGGUAGUUUUACGGUAAAAAUACCGUGAAUUUACGGUAACUCAGGUCUGCUAGGGUAAUUCAAAAUUAUCAAGUCGUCAACUCUAUAAAUCUUGACAGCGACUAAACUAUUCGAUUUACAGUAAAAUUUAUAAAGACCUUUUUUGUAGGAAAUUAAAUUCCCUACAAGAAAGGUCUAGUACAUUUUUACCUUAACUCUUAUACUUUAGCCGCAAAUUUAAUUCAAAGCUAAAAAAUAAUAAAAUUUCAAUUUUUUUUGCGUAAAAAGUUAAAAAAAAAUUUGAAUAAGACUUGAAAAAAAUUUUUUUUAUAAAUUCAUAUAUUAAAAAAAAACGCAAAUUUUUUUCAAAGCUUGCGGUCUCUACAAAAAAUAAUUAAAAAAUUAAUGAAACAUAAAAAAAUAUUCAUAAGAUUACUAAUUAAAAAUUAACAAUUAUUGAAAAAAAAUUUUAUUUUUGACGUCUUCCUAGUCAUUAUAGCACUGCCUGUAUGAAUUAAUUCAAUAUCUAAUUGAUAUUUUAUUAAUUAAUAAUUAUAUUUUUUUUUAUAUGAAAAAAAAAAUUAAAUAAUAAUAAUAAUUUAUUAUUUUUAAAUAAACGAUACAAUUAUUCGAGCGAAAAUAUACGCACCAUUAGAGACAAUGUAACAGUCGAUUAAUGAAAUGAUAAAUAAAAAAUAAAAUAAAAAUAAAUGGACGAAAAAAAUAAAUAGUCAAGCUUUUUUAAUAAUUAUAAGAUAAAUAAAUAAAUGAAUGGAUAAAUAAUUUAUUUUCUUUUUUUUUUAAGUAGUUGAAUAAUAAAUUAAGAUAAUAAUUAGUUAGA